CUCGUUCAUUUCUGAAGCGGAGAACGCUACCCCCUUCCAAAUCAAUUCAUUGAAAGAAAUUUGCAGCUGACGAGAGGGAUAUACAUAAUUACAUACAAUCUCCACCACUUGUCUCUCAAUUCCAAUUCCAAUUCUGUAAUGCUCCCCACAGUCACAACCACAGUUAAGCUCAACCUCCCCUUGAUCUCCACCAAUCUUCUUCUCUUUACCACUCCUCUGUAUCCGAGCUCCCGCCCCAGGCCCCGCCGCCUGCUGGUCUCCUCCUCCUCCUCCGCCGAAAUUAUUGGCUCUCCGGAACAUCCCGGCGGCAAGAUGGUGGCGGAACUGGUGGGGGCCUUCAACCAUCUCACCCAUAGGAUGAACACCGCUGCCUUGUCCACCAGCUCCUCCCGCUUACUCUUCAAGACUCUCAAGCUUUCCAUCCCUCUUCUUCAAUCCCUCCCUCUUUCCCCAGAUGGCCGCUCUCCUCUUUCCAAGGCUUUGUCUCUUGCGCUCAUCCUUGCUGAUCUGCAGAUGGAUGCAGAGGUUAUCUCCACGGGCAUUCUGCUACAAGUCUUAGAAGCAGGUGCUAUCUCCAUUUAUGAGGUGAAGGGUAGGAUUGGUACCACCACUGCUCAUCUGUUACAUGAAAGCUUGCGUGUUAACAACAUUUCUUCCAAAGUGCAAUUCCUUGACAAUGACAACUCCACUGCAUUGAGGAAAUUUUGCCUUACAUACUAUGAUGUCAGGGCUUUGAUUUUAGACUUGGCUCUUAAGCUAGAUACAAUGCGGCAUCUUGGUUACCUUCCCAGGUACAAACAACAAAUGCUUUCUCUAGAGGUGAUGAAGAUACAUGCUCCUUUAGCACAUGCCAUUGGAAUGAACCUUUUGUCUGUGGAACUGGAAGAUCUUUCUUUCCAGUAUUUGUUUCCUUAUUCUUAUCUUUAUCUGGAUGCUUGGUUGAGGAGCCAUGAGACAGGAAGCAAACCCCUGAUAGAUGUUUACAAGGAACAGUUGCUCAACUCCCUUACAUCUGAUGCUAUCUUAGCAGAAAUGGUUGAUAGCAUCUCUGUUGAGGGUCGGUACAAAAGUCGAUAUAGUUCCAUGAAGAAACUUCUGAGGGAUGGCCGUAAACUGGAAGAGGUAAACGAUAUAUUAGGGUUGAGGGUCAUAUUGAGCCCUGCAUCUGGCAAAAAUGAGUCAGAAGUUGGGGUAAAGGCUUGCUACAGGACACGUGAAAUUGUUCAAUCAUUGUGGCAAGAAAUACCUAGUAGGUCAAAAGACUAUAUUGCCAAGCCCAAGGCCAAUGGCUACAAGAGCUUACACAUGGCUGUUGAUAUAAAUGAAAAUGGCCAUAAUAGACCACUGAUGGAAAUUCAAAUACGCACAUCAGAUAUGGACAUGCUUGCAGCAGGUGGAACAGCAUCUCAUGCAUUAUACAAGGGUGGUCUUACUGAUCCAGAAGAGGCAAGACGUUUGAAGGCAAUUAUGAUGGCUGCAGCAGAACUUGCAGCUCUGCGUCUUAAAGAUCUCCCCUCAACAAAUCCUAAAGAUCUUGGUGUUGACAAUAGAGACAUGGUGUUUCACCUUCUUGACAAAAAUGGAGAUGGAAAAAUCAGCAUUGAAGAACUUAUGGAAGUGAUGGAAGAGCUUGGUGCUCAAGGCGAAGAUGCUCGAGAGAUGAUGCAGCUACUUGAUUCAAAUAAUGAUGGUUUGCUGAGUUCAGAUGAAUUCGAUUUAUUCCAAAAGCAGAUUGAAUUCAUGCGGGAUUUGGAAUAUAGAGACAAUCACUACAAGACCCUGUUAAAUGAGAAGCUUCAAAUGACAAAUAGCAAUGUUUUAAUUUAGGAAACCAGUAAAA